GAAGCUUAAAACGCUCCCUGGCCCUUAUCCGCACCACAACUCCCGGGCCAGCGAAAACCAUUUAUCUCUUACACGGACCCUACCCUGCGUCCGCCCCAAUGGCUCACAUUGCCAACUGCCUGGAAAUGGACCAGGAGGACCUCUCGAUUGGUCUUAAUAAUUAUAUAGCCGCAAAGACUGUCACCGAGGAGUCCAAUGAGCUGUUGGGUAGAGCAUCCCCUUCGGGUGAUAAGCCGUUUGCUUGGAGAAUGCAACACCCAGAACGAAAAUAUCAACUUUUCCCAAGGGAUAAACAGACGGCUGCCGCCCCAGGGAAAGCACUAGAUCCAGAGCAGGCUCAGGUAUACGCCUUGACCAGGAAUCAGAACGGCGAAAAGAGCGAGAAGAUGGCUCUGAACCUGAGGGUCCGAAUCAAGGAGCGCGAGAUGCGUAAGCGGAAGAUCAGCGUCUCGGAUCUCGGUCCGUUGACGACGGUACAGGAAGCUGCCAUGGACUCCCCUACCAUCCCAGGACGACCACCCGUCCAUGAGCGGUCCAUUAGUGCGCCGGGAAGCUCGUGGAAGCCGUAUUCCCUCGGCGACUGCAUGACCUCAGGGAGGACACGAACGCCAGAGGAGAGGCCCGAACUUCGAUCAGCUUACAGGAGCAAUGAGGAGCUACAACGGCCCGAGGUCGAACCCCGACAGCCGCUGUCCCCGAAGAGUCUGACGCCACUUGUCAUACCAACCUCCAACCCCAUCGCCCCCCACCUAGCACGGAGAGUGUCUAUUAGUCGACUCCGGUCCGGCAGCACCCCCGUCGAGGGCCAAACCCGCAGCGCCCGGGCUGACGAUUCUCCGCGGGCACGGACACCCUUCACCCCAGUUUCUGCCUCAUUGACCACACCCAGAUCGGCCGCGACGACGGUCAUGACGGCCUCGACAUUGCCUACCCCGAUUUCCGCUCCGGCGGACCACCGGGAAUCCCCUAGGCCAUGGGAGAAGUCGACAAACCCCGCUGCAACGGCCGCCUCGAAGGAGACCGUCCCUGAACGCGCAAUCACACCCAACGACCCGUUACAGAGCCUCGCCCAUGGGCAUAGGAGGAACCAGUCGGAGUCGGACAGCAUGAUCAACAGGGGAAGGCCGCCCAGGCGACUCGAAGUCUGCGCCGGUCCGACAACUUUGAAACGGAGUGGUUCGAAGAGGAACAAGAGCUCAGAAGGACAUACAAUCGAGCAACUUCCGAAGGGGUGGAAAGCAAGUGACGCUGUCAACAUAAUGAGCCCACAAGAAGUUGCUUCGCUGCAAAGACAGGCCCUCCAGCAAGCGGCACGGUUUGAGGUUCUCAGGAAAGAGGACGUUGAUAGUCUCUCACGGGAACUUCGCCUCCUCGACGAACGUACCGACUACCUCCGCCAUACGUACACCUCACUCCGGUCAGGGAGACGAAACCUCCACUCUCGUAUCUGCCAAUAUCUCCGAUCCCCGCGUACAGCCAAAUUUAGCCACGAAUCCAUCCUCAAGCAGGAGGAAGCUCUUGCGGAGCUCGAUACCUCGAUCGACGAGUGGGUCAGCAAACUCGAGCAUGCCGAGAACCGACGCACCAGGGUCCGCCAGAAGCUGCUCGAGCAUGUUGCUGCUGCCGUUACUUUGGGUGCCCCGACCGGGAGCGUGGUGGGAGUCAGCGAGAGCUUGCAAUUUGCCCUUGGUGUUGUUCGGCCCCAUAACGCCGAACUCUCCACCCCGCCCCGGAGCCCCGUCAAGACUUCCUUUACACCCGCCGCGCCAUCUUCCUCUUCUUCACCGCAUCGGGCUCAAGUGCCCUCCACAAUCCUGGAGCAACCCCUGUUUGAGGAGGCCGCCGCCAUGGAUACCAAAGAAGCCGAGAAGGGGGCGGCUCUUCGCCGAGCUGAAACCAUUCGUGUCUACGCGGAUAACGACGUGUACGCUCUCCUAGCGGAUGUGGAGGAUACCAUCACCAAAAUGGGCAGUUCCGAGACCCCGGCUAAGGACAAGGACUCUUGCGCGCCACUCUCGGAGGCGGAACGGCGAAAGCUGUGCCGCACCCUCAGCCAUGAUGUCCUGAGUGGUGGCUCUCUCGCGAGAAAACCCCUGCCCAUCUCCAAAUUGGCUGAGAAGCCGUCCUCCUCGUCGCUAUCUUCCUCGUCGUUGCCUUCCACCAAAACCCCACCUGCCAGUGAACCAGCCACCGGCGAAGUUUUCCUCACCAGUGCCGUUUUCAAGCCUUGAAGGCGAUUAUUUAACGCGCUGGCAUAUUCUUUCAUAUUCUCACGGCCUUGACUAGACGUCCUUCGAUUUUAUAUUUCUCUUAUCGUCACGACGCUCAAGUUCCUUUCGGUAUCAGCACCAUGCUGCGGCUGGCCACAUACCAUCAUUCUAAUUCGACUCAUUUCUUGAUUCAUCUCAACUUUGAAGAUACCCUUCUCGUCAUUCAUUCAACUGCCAUCUUAUCUUAUUCAUUAACUCUUUACUUUCUUUUCUCCCCCAUCGACUCUUGGUUAUUUGCC